UGCAGGUCUCGGUCAAGAUGGCGGCUGAUUGAUCAGAGAGCAUUUAAAGAUCAUUCGCCGACAGCUAGAGUUUGGCAUGAAAUCUACUUCGUAAAUUGACCCUCAAAACGCAUUGUAAAGCCUUCGGCGUCACUGGACUUGCAUCAUGGCUCUGCGAAUUCGCACGACCAAAUUUCGUCAUGUCUACGGAGCCCAGUGCCGGCGGGAGCAGACUUUCGAAAACGUUAGGAUCACACGGAAUACGCACGAUAGUAACUUUUGCAGUGUGAACCCCAGAUUUCUUGCCAUUGUCACGGAAAGCUCAGGGGGAGGUGCUUUCGCUGUGUUGGAUGUGAAUCGGCCGGGCCGGGUGGACAUCAACUGCCCGCGAGUGUGCGGCCAUGCAGGUGCCAUCUUGGACGUCAAAUGGAACCCUUUCAACGACUGUGUGGUGGCGUCUGCUUCGGACGAUGCUUCGGUAAAGAUCUGGACCAUCCCGGAGACAGGGCUAGUAGGGACCUUGACGGACUGGUCAGCCGACCUGCACGGUCACUCCAGGCGUGUCAGCUACCUGGAAUGGCAUCCGACGGCAGCCAAUGUUCUCAUGUCUGUUGGUUUCGACUACAAGGUGAUGGUGUGGAACGCGGAGCAGGCGGAGCCCAUCACAUCGCUGGCGUGUCACAACGACACGGUCUUCUCUAUCUCCUGGGGCCGCGACGGUGCGCUCAUCUCCACCACCUGCAAGGACAAGAAGAUCCGCGUGCUGGACCCGCGCUCGGCGCAAGUCGCCAUGGUGAGCUUUUGUUUUUCUGAACCCUGA